AUGCCGCAGUCCAACAUGCAGCAGAACUCUGAUAAGACAACGUGCGGCCAGGAGCUGAUUCCCAGCAGAGAAGUUAUGAGCCCAGAUGUACAGGACUCCAAAGGUUCAUUGGAAGACGAGGAGAACCAGGGAGAGGUUCCAUCAGCACCACCACUGCCCCAAGAAGCACCACCAUCCGGGAGUCCUCCAUGUCUCAGUCCGAGGUUAGUGUUCCACUCCCAACUGGCUCACGGAAGUCCGACGGGCCGCAUUCAUGGGUUCACCAACGUGAGGGAACUCUACGGCAAGAUCGCAGAGGUCUUCAACAUCUCAGCUUCUGAGAUCCUUUUCUGCACGCUGAAUUCCCACAAAGUGGACAUGCAGAAACUUCUAGGAGGUCAGAUUGGACUGGAGGACUUUAUCUUCGCCCAUGUGAGGGGAGAGACCAAAGAGGUGGAAGUCAUUAAAACAGAAGAUGCCCUUGGUCUGACCAUCACAGAUAAUGGAGCCGGAUUUGCCUUCAUUAAAAGGAUAAAGGAAGACAGCACCAUUGACCGAAUAAAAACAGUGUGUGUUGGAGAUCAUAUCGAGGCCAUUAAUGACCAGAGCAUUGUGGGAUGUCGACAUUAUGAAGUUGCUAAAAUGCUGAAAGAGCAGCUGAGGGGAACACCCUUCACCCUGCGCCUGGUGGAACCCAAGAAAGCAUUUGACAUGAUUGGCCAGAGAACGCGAGCACCCAAGUCCAGCGAGGGCAAAAUGGUCAGCGGGAAAGAGACUCUUCGUCUGCGCUCCAAAGGAGCAGCGACAGUCCAGGAAAUGCCCAGUGAGUUUGAAGACAAGACUAUAAGGAAGGUUGACGACCUUUUAGAGAGCUACAUGGGGAUCAGGGACCAAGAACUUGCGACCACUAUAGCUGAAGCUGGGAAGGACAAGAAGAACCCGGGUGAUUUUGCAGAAGCGCUUGACUCCGUACUGGGAGACUUCGGCUUUCCUGAUGUCUUUCUGUUUGAAGUUUGGGGCGCUCUUGGAGAUGUCAAGAAUGGCAGAAUUUAGAGUUGUGGUUGAUUUGUGACGUCUGCCAUGCGAUUUUAUAUACAAGCCUCCCGAUUCUUGCGUUGAUCCAGAGGAGAGGAGAAUGUCAAGGUGUUACUGAUGAAACAGCGGACUUAAACAUUCCAGUGUUUACGUCGAUGAACCUCAACGAUGAACCUCAUUUCCCAACAAUAUAUAUGGCUAACUAAUGAUAUAAACAUUACAGGGAUAGUUCACCCAAAAAUUACAAUUCAUCAUAAUUGAUUCCCUCUCAUGGUAUUCUAUAUGACUUACUUUCUUGUGGAACACAAAUAGAGAUAUCAUAUUUGGAAGUAUAUAACAGUGCUGAAAUUCUUUGAUAAGUCUUGCAUUUAUAAACUAGUUUUAAAGUUGUGUAUAAAUACACCAUGUUACAAGGGAAAUGAAUGAUCUUUUAAGAUUAAUGAUAGUUCUUGUGACAUAAGUGGAUUGUGUAAAUAAGUCAAUCCUAUGAAACAGUAAAUCAAUUUUAUACGUUGAAUGUAAUAACCAUGGGUGUUGUAUUUAACUCACAAAUGUACUUAUAAUAUGGGAACAUUAGCGUUUGUGUAUUAUGUUUCAUGUUUUACAAUGUACGACUCCUUUUGCAUGAUCUGCUGUGACAUAUUUCAAUGUAUAAAAUCUGUUAUAUAAAAAUGAUCUAUUGUUUACAAUGAAAUUUGUAUAUCUCCAAAUCUAAUAAAACAAAGCUACUUUAAAUUCAUCACACUGGAGACCAGCCAAGACCAGCAUCUUAGGCUGGGUCUUUUUCAACAGUUAUGUCUUUCUAAAACUACACAAUGUGCUUAUUUCACCAGGCAACUUUAUUUAAAGCUGGGGGUAUGUUAGCGGUUAUGCUAAUGCUAAGGAUAAUUGGCUGUGCACACUGACAACAAUUUUAUUUCUGGAGAACACCUUCCAUAGAAAAUCUGAUUGAAAAUUAAAAAUAAUUAUUGUUAGUGAGUAGUUAAAAAGUAGUGACGCUACUACUUAACUACAUUUUUAGUAGCGUGACCAACCCGAUCUCAUGAAAAUUUGUACAGAAUUUACGAGUUGGCUGUCUCGCACGAUGUUGUUCACAUAAACUCUUACAACUUCAUCGCGUGCAAAUUCCCGGAUGUCUAAUGUGGAAGUAUGCCCGUAUUUCACACCAGCGUUAAAGACAUGCUUAUUAAUAUUAUGCCCUUACCCAUACCCUUAUCUAAAACCGAUCAGUAGAGACAUGAUCGGAAGCUGUUGUGUGUGACAGAAGCAAGUAAUUGUCACUUAUUAAAUGGAAACGAUGUCCAGCGACGUCACUGGCUGUUGUGAAAGUUGUAGGAAUUCAAAAGAGUGCAGUCACAUGAUAUCAAACGAAUUAGACAAAUGUAGAAAUUUGUACGAAUUCUGACGAUAUCCUACGAAUUAGACAAAUUUAGAAAGUCUUACGAAUUCCGACGAUAUCCUACGAAUUAGACAAAUUUAGGAAGUUGUACGAAUUCUGACGAUAUCCUACGAAUUAGACAAAUUUAGGAAGUUGUACAAAUUCUGACGAUAUCCUACGAAUUAGACAAAUUUAGGAAGUUGUACGAAUUCUGACGAUAUCCUACGAAUUCGACAAAUUUAGGAAGUCUUACCAAUUCUGACGAUAUCCUACGAAUUCGACAAAUUUAGGAAGUCUUACCAAUUCUGACGAUAUCCUACGAAUUAGACAAAUUUAGAAAGUCUUACGAAUUCUGACGAUAUCCUACGAAUUAGAUACAUUUAGAAAGACGGAUGAAUUCUGACGAUAUCAUACGAAUUAGCCAAAUUUAGGAAGUCAUACGAAUUCUGACGAUAUUAUACGAAUUAGCCAAAUUUAGGAAGUCGUACGAAUUCUGACGAUAUCAUACGAAUUAGCCAAAUUUAGGAAGUCGUAUGAAUUCUGACGAUAUCCUACGAAUUAGACAAAUUUAGAAAGUCGGAUGAAAUCUGACGAUAUCCUACGAAUUAGACAAAUUUAGAAAGACGGAUGAAUUCUGACGAUAUCAUACGAAUUAGCCAAAUUUAGGAAGUCGUACGAAUUCUGAUGAUAUCCUACGAAUUAGACAAAUUUAGAAAGACGGAUGAAAUCUGACGAUAUCCUACAAAUUAGCCAAAUUUAGAAAGGUCCAACAAAUCCUGACGAUUUCGCCUUGAGAGUGUGUUUGUGUGGCACCAGCUAAGCUAUUUUCACAAUAGAGAAGCUUUUCCAGUGAUGAGCUAUUUUCAACGAGUAGCGCUGCUGCGUCUCAAAACGUUACAGUAUUCAUAGUAAUAGUGCAUUCAAGUCAUACGAGUGGGAAAAGGGAUUUUCUUUAAACCCUGACUUUUCGAGUUGGGGGCGUGAAGUUGUUAUCGGUAAUAAUUUAGUAUUAUUUUAGUAUUUUGAGUGUGUAGUUUAGUUUAUAUGCAUUUAUUUGUACUGUUAAUGAAGACUAACUAUAAAACUUGAAAAUAAUGCUGAAAAUAAGACCCAUAUAGCUGUUUUAUGCAGUGACAAGCGUUUACAACAAAAUUACAUUUCCCAUCAUUACAUUUGGCUGCACUAGAUUGAUUUAAUUGAUCUAUGAAGCAUUCAUUACACACUUAAUGCCUGAUGCUUUGCCUUGCUUUGUAAGUGAAAAAGAGAGAAAUAAAUAUGAAAUUGCAAAACGGGCCAGUUCUUACUAAAACCAAUUUACUUCCCAAGAUGACUUGAAUGCACCAUAAAUUGCAAACUCAGCAACAGAUUCGAGUGAACAAUCAAUCGCGCUCACCUGAACCGUCCGCUCUCUCUUGUGAGGUGCUGGGAAAUCAAAAUAAUUAAAGUGAAACUGUUCUUUCGGACAGUUCAUGUAAAUAAACCGGUUAAAAUAAACGAUUCCCAUUUUAAUAGCGUCGGGAGAUUCGAUUAAUUUUGGUCAGUCAGUUAUUUUGGACGGUUCCUGUAAAUGAACUAGUUCACAUAAAUGAUUAAUUGAUUCACUUGAUCCCAUGUAGCAUUAAAGUGACGUUCUCUUCUUUUUUUUAAAGCGAAAUAUUUAGUUAUUUGCUGAAUCACUACAGUUUGAUUCAGUUAUAUAAAAUAGGUUGUUUUGGAGUUUUAUAAGUGCAUAUUAAGUGUAGAUGUAUGUUCAAUUUAAUGUUGUCACCCAAUUUGUUUAAUCCUUACAAAAAUUAACCAUGGUUUCAAUAUUUUAGUAACAAUGACUGUAGGUUGUUUUUGUGAUUACAAUGGUUACAAAUAGUAACUGAUGUUGCCUUAGUUGUGUUGCUGAACAUGUCCGCAUUACAGUGCUAACAGUUGCUCAUGUCGCCUCAAAUCAUCAUUGAAAAUUCAUGACUUUCCGGUCACUUUUGUGCUGCAAAUCUCUAGCUGUGUGAACGCCCCUUAAGUGGCUGUGAAACGGGGGCCCUCUGGGGCCAAUAAUUGGUCAGGAUGAUGAUGGUGCAGAUAUAAAUCUAGACAUUUCCCUGUCUGUUUGUUUUUCUGGUUCCUACCCUGCUAGCAACAUUAUUACCCAAAAAUAUGUCACAACAACAUGCUUUUCAGACCAAUGCAAUUCAUAAAAACUGGGCUGAAUCAUGAGUUCAUGCCCAUUGUGAUGCAACACAUGGGUUGACACAUAAUAAAUAAUAGCCAAUCAACAUAAAUAUGACAUCACAGACAGAAAAUAAACAGCCAUUUUUUAAAUAACAUUCUAAAACAUGUUAGUAAGCAGACCUGAUGAAAAGACUAGAUUAGAAGUCAGAUGCCUUUGACCCUACCGAAACUUGUUUUAGAGACUCGCUUAAACCAGUAAACCACCUUUGGCUGGUUUAAGUUGUUGUUGUUGUUGUUGUGUCUCAGCAGUUAGAGGCAGUAGAGAGCAAGCUUAUAGGUUUUGGAACAGAGCUAAAGUUCAAUGAUAAUGCUAAAUGUCGAUUUUUCUUAAGAGACCUUGUUUUUUCACAGAGGAGUAUUAUUCUACUAAAAGUCAAGACCCUUCCAUGACAAAAGUGAGCUUUUGUUAACAUUUAGACUAGAAAUAAACCAGACUUGACUUUACAGUUGCAUUCUAAAUCAGACGAUUUUGAAAAAGGUCUCAUUGUUUUAACGACAAGCAAAUGUCUGGGAAGCAAGCCAGUACUGGGCAGUAUUUCUGAAACAAGCCCAGUUUGUGAGCUUCCACAAAGCAUUAAGUCACUCCAAGAAUUCCGGUAGGUAGCCAUGUUAAGACAGCUCCAACAUGGCCUUCUUGAAAAUUUCCCUUUCAAAAGUCUUUAGGACAGACCGACCAUCAGCGCCUUUCCAAAAACGAUGCAUCUCGAUCCAAGUCCACCAGAAGCCGAGCUCAUUACUCAGAGGAGCGUGUGGAGAGUGAGUGUGAUCCACAGCAGAUGUCAACAUCAACAUCUGAUAUCUUUCCUUUACACCAGGAUGUGUUUACUCAGGCAUUAAGCCAGUGGAAACCAACAAUUCUUCAUAUACUUGGGAGCGAAUUUAGAGGUGCACCACUUUUGUGCACGGUAUUUCAGCGCAAACACUUGUUUCUUAUUCACUAUCCAUCGCAAUCCAGUUUAACCAGUUUAUCUGUGCUGGAAUAACUCACCACACAUAUUUAAAUAAGUCGUUGGGCCUUCUUGAAACAUGAGUAGAACGAAUUUCAGUACAUAAACUGUCCCAUUGAACUCAAUUUUACAUAUAAAUUAGGGUAAUAUAAGCCAUUGGGUUAUAAUUAUUUUGAACAACUUUGUAUAUUUGUGGCAGACGAGUAAUGCUUCGAUUAGACGAUACAAAAAGUGGCUUUAGAAGUCAAAAUAUUGACAGCAAUCCCUUUGGAAACUGAGUUCGUCAGUCUGUCUUGCUCUUGCAGUCCGUCUGGCCAUUUUAAAUUGCUGGUCUACAUAUGCGUCCGAUGGAGAGUUUCACAGCGGCAAUAUAAAAAUAGGUUGAAACUUCAAAAAACCAUGUUUUGAGUGAAUCCCGGCCCUGCUCCAUGCAGCUGUCAAAGCAGGCUCUUGUGAUGCUUGUGUGGUUUGUUGACGCGCGGACUGCCCCCUGCUGACGUGGCUCGUCAAAACAGAUUAGAUGUAGUACAAGCUUGAAUUGGUUGCACUUUUAUUAAGGAAUCUACUGUACUGUAAGGGUCAGAAAGGAUUAUUCAUUUCACUGAGUUUUUUUGAAUGCAAAAUUAACACGUUAAAUCAGCAGCCCUAGAACGAAUUGAUUUUUUUAACGAUUUUCACUGAAAUUUGCUCUGCUCUUGUUUUUUACGGACAUGGCCCAUUGGAAUGCUUUUCAGCACAAACACGCCUCCUUUCAAUGUAAUUUAGAGUUGCUAUAUAACAUGCCUUAUUCACAAAAGUUAGGGGUUGACCCAAAAGUUGUUGG